AUGCGCACUCGCAGAAGCAUUAUUCCAGAUUCUCAGGAUGAUGUAUCCUUUGCGGAUACGUCAUUGCCGAAUUCCUCGCAAGCCCAGAACCCGGAACCCUUGCCGGAGAGCCUGCCAGAGAGCGGGUCUCAUUCCAAAUCACGCACUCGCGUCGUCAAAGACUCCGAAGACGAAAGUUCCGAUGCCUUCGAUCUGCCCGAUUCGAUCGCGGCGAACAAAACAAAUUCAGAUAGUGUGAAAGUGGUGAUUUCUGCGAACCAUGUAUCACCGACAGACUCAUCCCGCAGCUCCUUGGGAGUCCCAUCAGCUGAUGGUGUCUCAGGUGUUAACACGCCUGCUACUAGUGUGGGUGUACCCGCGGAGGGAGACUCCAAUAAACCUCGCAGAGUCAACGCAUCUGCUAGAGCUCAGCAAAUGCGCAUGAGUCGAAUGUCUCAGCAAAUCCCUAGGGGAACCAAAAGAUCCGCGGGUGAUAUGUCUUCGGAGACAGUUGACCGUUCCGACCUGGAUGCGGCAAUAGCCCGUGCGCUUCAGAUGGAGGAAUACGACCAGCCUCAUCCUAAUAAGAAGCAGAAGAAAUCACAAAGGGGUAUACGGCAAAGCAAACAAACAGCGAAAGACUUACUUCUAGGCCAAGCAGGGUUUGACACAUCGGACUCUGAAAGUCUUUCAAAUCUUACUGGAUCUCCUCGUCUUUCUCCGUCUCGAUCCUCAGAGGAAGAUCCUUACAGCUUAAGUGAUACUGAAUCAGAGGCAAUUGAAAGUGAUGUUGAUGAAAACCCGGGAAACCGAACUUCAUUUUUCAAUAGGCUAGCCUUGGAACCACAACGACAACGCAGAGGUAGGGCACCAAGAGCACCACGCCUCGAUGCUGAUGGGGAUCAAUACGAUGAGCUUCCACCUACAUGGGAGGAGCAAAAAAAGAUACGCCGUAAAGAAGCAGAUCGGAAGAAAUUGGAGAAGAAACAUCCAGUCAUCAGUACUAUGUGGGAUGAUCUGAAAGCUCAGCCUCUGAUUGUUCCAAAGCAAGCCUCCCAGCCCCAGUCUAUUACUCGCACUUUGAAACCAUUCCAAUUGGAAGGACUGAACUGGAUGAUGGAGCAGGAGAAGUCCUCGUACCAAGGUGGUCUAUUAGGUGACGAGAUGGGUAUGGGAAAGACCAUCCAGGCAGUCUCCCUGAUCAUGUCGGACUUCCCCCAGCCUAAUCCAACCCUCGUACUUGUACCGCCAGUCGCGUUGAUGCAAUGGGUCUCUGAAAUCAAGGAAUACACCGAUGGCAAAUUGAAAGUUCUUGUUUACCACAAUGCUGACUCCAAAGUCAAAAAGCUUACGGCGGCAGAUUUGAUGCAGUACAAUGUAAUCAUGAUAUCUUAUUCGAGUCUAGAAUCCAUCUACCGAAAGCAAGAGAAAGGCUGGGCACGCGAUGGUGGGGUUGUCAAAGCAGACAGCGUCAUACACUCCAUUCACUAUCAUCGACUUGUUCUUGACGAAGCACACAGCAUCAAGCAACGUACUACUGGCGUUGCCAAAGCCUGUUUUGCCCUUAAGGCCACUUAUAAGUGGUGCCUGUCCGGAACCCCUGUUCAAAAUCGAAUUGGUGAAUUCUUCUCCCUGCUUCGAUUUCUGCAAGUCCGCCCGUUUUCGUGUUAUUUUUGUAAGCAGUGCGAUUGUGAGCAGUUGCAAUGGACCGCAGACAAGCAAGGCCGCUGCACGGAAUGCGAGCAUACGGGAUUCAAUCACAUUUCAAUUUUUAACAAAGAAAUUCUCAAUCCAAUCACGGAGGGAAGAACACAAGAGGAGCGCAAGAAAGGCUUGAACAAGCUUCGUCUUAUCACCGAUCAUAUUAUGCUUCGCCGCAUGAAACACGAGCAUACCUCAUCGAUGGAGCUCCCGCCUAAGCGGGUUGUUCUGCAUAAUGAAUUUUUUGGGGAGAUCGAGCAUGAUUUCUCACGCAGCAUUAUGAGCAACUCAUCGCGAAAAUUCGAUACAUACGUUAGUCAAGGUGUUAUGCUGAACAACUAUGCGAACAUCUUCGGCUUGAUUAUGCAGAUGCGCCAAGUGGCUAACCACCCAGAUCUGCUUCUUAAAAAGCAUGUACAGCCUGGGUUCAACGUUUUGGUGUGCCGAGUCUGUGAUGAACCUGCGGAGGACGCUAUUCGGUCUCGCUGUCGCCACGAGUUCUGUCGUAAAUGCGCCAAGGAUUACAUUGAGUCUUUCGAUGAUCCAUCUCUUGUGGAUUGCCCACAGUGUCAUAUUUCCCUUUCGAUCGAUCUCGAGCAGCCCACAAUCGAACAAACGGAGGAUUCUGUCAAGAAGAAUUCGAUCAUCAAUCGAAUUCACAUGGAAGACUGGACUUCAUCGACCAAGAUAGAAACACUUAUCUAUGAGCUCUACCUGCAGCGAAAGAAGAGCCACACACCCAAGUCCAUUAUCUUCUCGCAGUUUACUUCGAUGCUGCAACUCGUGGAGUGGCGUCUACGUCAUGCAGGUUUCAACACAGUCAUGCUCGAUGGAACUAUGACCCCUGCGCAGCGACAGAAAUCUAUUGAGCAUUUCAUGAUCCACGCUGAAGUGGAGAUUUUUUUGGUCUCUCUCAAAGCUGGCGGCGUGGCCCUCAACUUGACUGAAGCCUCCCGGGUAUUUAUCAUUGACCCAUGGUGGAACCCGGCAGCAGAAUGGCAAAGUGCCGAUCGGAGUCAUCGCAUUGGUCAGCAACGACCCUGUGUGGUCACUCGUCUUAGCAUUGAAGAUUCGGUCGAGUCCCGAAUUGUCCAACUGCAAGAGAAGAAAGCGAAUCUUAUCCGAGGAACCAUCAAUAAGGAUCAAGAUCAAGCCCUGGAAAAAUUAACCCCUGAAGAUAUGCAGUUUCUGUUCCGUGGCACCUAG